AUGGACGGGGAGGAAGAGAACAUCGGGCCAUGCCGCCGGACCAGCGCCCGCACGCGCCGCAUGGCAUCCGCGCUCGCCAGCUCUGACAACCGCGCCCAGGUUGCUUUAGCUCGCCUUGAAGCUCUUGAGAACGAUAAUGCCGGGGUUGAGGUGGUAGAUCUUAAUGAUGAUGAGUACGGAUCCACGGAUGAGGAAGACCCUGAGGAAAAAAGAAACAACAACAUUGAUGUAAUUGGACCCACUGAUCAAGCUGCAGAACAAGAAUCGAUGCAAACAUAG